AUGCAGGACGACCCUGCCAUCCGUCUCUGGCUUAAUGACGUAUCAGACGGUCCGCCAGAUAGCCAUGUCGCGAUUGACGAAAGCGAAGCAACAUCGCGUAAGCGAAAGCCAUCUCAACAGCGCGCCUCGUCGGUAUCAACAGAAGGAUACACCGAAAAUCUGUCUGCUAUAUCAAAAAAACGAAAGAUUGACAAUCCCCAUCUCACUUUCCGAGCCGAGGACAUGAAGACAGGCACCAUGCACAACCCACCAUCCAGACCAUCUCUGGAGUCCUCCGAACUUUCUGAAGCCAUCACCACCAAGACAAUGUCAGAGUCCUCUAUUUUCUGGGGGGAGAUGAGGAGACUUCCUGCAGAUGAUGCAGGUCUCGGUUAUCAAGAGCUCAACGUCGAUGCACCUCCGCCUGUGGCUGCCGACUUGGUUCAGCGCUUUGGAGAAAUCAGUAAGGGCAUUGGAAUUCUGCCACAUGAGUCCAAGGAAGAUAUAACAAGUCAUGUUCAACAACAGAGCUGGAACCUUCAGCCAUGGAAAAUGGCCUUUCUGGAAAAGGGUGAUGAGUCUAACGCCGCUCUCCCUGGCUCUGUCCCGGCGUGGGAAGACGUGUUUAAUCUGUGUUUGCGUGCAAGAGACUGCUUCCUCGAAGGCCACGAUGGGACCAGUUGGAAAAUCGAGGUUCAUUAUGAACUUCUUAAAAAGAUCUUUCGAGCAUCUGGGCAAGGCCAUGACGGCUCCUUGGACUUUAUGUCGUGCACAACUGCUCGCCCGGAACGGACCUAUCUCCCGCGGCCUUGGGAAGCAAAAUUGGUGGACUUUUGCCUUUUUGACAACACAGACGCCGAUAGUCAAGCUCGACUGGAUUUUAUAAGUGUUACACCUGCUCGAUCGGUGAACCACACUGGUUACCGCCCUCUUCACCGCCGCCCUAUCGUUCUUAGCAUCGAAACUUGGCGUCCUGAAAAAACCUUGGACAAGAAAAACCUUGCAAUGGGUGUGUGGCAUGCUACGCAGUGGAGCUUUCUUCGAUCAGCUGUAGCUCGAAAGUUCAGAGAAGAUGAUCGAGAAACAGCUAGCAAACUAGCUUAUAAAGCGCUGAGGGAACUUGGAUUUAUUCCUGGAGUCAUCAUCCAUGGUCAUCACUGGCUGUUUGUUUUUUCGACACUGGAAUCUUGGACGGCACUUGUUGAUGGGCGCGAACAAACAGUCUAUCGGACUGUGUUGUGGGCUGGACAGGAAUUUGGAUCGACGCGGAGUAUGCGCAAGGCUUAUCAGAUUGUUGCUGGACUUAGGCGUUUGGCUGGAUGGGCUACUGAUGUUUACAUGCCUUGGUAUCGGCGACAUGUGCUUUUAAUUAGGGAUCAGGAUAAGGAUGCGUGA